AUGGAGGACGAAGAACAGCACACUCAAGACACUACCGACGAUCAGUCCUUCGAGCCAGUGCCUGAAUCAGAUGCCCAAGACAACGACGUCGUCGCUACAGCUAACCAGCCAGUAGAAGUAGCUGCCACUUCACCGGCUAGUCGAAGUCCAUCCCGUACUCGAACUCGUGAGGUUAUCAUCACCUCAGAGAUAACUUCAGCGCCCAGAGCCUCUGUAGUCCAACCUCCACUAUUUGCUGAAGAAAGGGAAGUCGAGGAACCUGCGACGAAAAGGCAGAAGCUGGAGCUGGACACAAUUCUGGAGCGCUUUUUAGCUGACCAGAAGGAACGUCAACAAGAGCAAAUCGAGCACGAGCGCACGAGACUGAGCGAACAACAAGAGUUGCAGCGCCAGACGGUUGACUUACAAAAGCGAGCACUGGAUAUUCAAGAGAAGGCGAUGAACAUGCAGGAGCGGCUCAUGGCUUUGAUGGAGAAGGUGAUGGAUAAGCUUAGUUGAGGACCCAUGCAGCAUGCGU